AAGCGAAUACAUUUUUAAACCCACUAAACCACGCCUAUCUUUGACACCCAUUUCAUGCUAAUUGCCAUUCCACCCUCUUAUUCAAUUUCUAUGGCUCUAGUGAGAGUCAGUCACUCAGCUGGAGACUGAACCAAAGCAUCAGAAGAGAGGAAGACGUGAGUAAAUAAACUGCUGUGCAAUCAGAAAGAGACGAUCAUGGCAUCGAUAAAUCUCGGGUUUAAUGGGGCUCGUAAAAAAGCUGCAGCGCGGAUCAGAGCCGUGGAGAGGAGGAAUCUGAUCACCGUGUGCAGGUUCUCAGUGAAGACCCUCAUUGAUCGCUCAUGUUUUGAGACGAUAGACGACACAUCUGCUGAGUUCAUCAACUUUGUCUCCAUUCUAGAACAUAUUCUGAGCCACAGACUGAAAGGUCAGGUCAGCUGGUUUGGCUACGAGAGCCCGCGCAGUUUCUGGGAUUACAUACGUGUGGCGUGUAUUAAAGUCCCACACAGCUGCAUCCACAGCAUCGAGAACAUGGAGAACGUCCGCAGCUCUAGAGCAAAGGGUCGUGCCUGGAUUAGAGUGGCGUUAAUGGAGAAGCGUUUGUCUGAAUACAUCUCCGCAGCUCUGAGAGACUUCAAAAAUACAAGGAGGUUUUAUGAGGAGGGGGCUAUAGUUCUGGGGGAGGAGGCGGGGCUUCUGGCAGAUACACUGAUUGGACUGAAUGCCAUCGACUUCAGUUUCUGUCUGAAAGGGGAGGUGCUGGAUGAGAGCUGUCCCGUCGUCAUUGACUACACGCCGUACCUUAAAUUCACACAAACUUCUGACAGCAUCAGCAGCGACGAGGAGGAAAUGAGAACGCUGGGCAGCAGCGGCAGUGAAGCAGGCACUCCUGAAUCCCACCUGGCUGCCAGUUUGAUGGCCGAUCAGAGCACCUGGUACAGCAAGAGCAAAAGACUAGAGCAGAAAUACAGAGUCGUGCUGGAACAGAAGGGUUAUCUGGAGGAACUGGUUCGUCUGAGGGAAGCUCAGCUGUCUGAGUCUGUCUCUCAGAAUAAAUCUCUACUUCAGCGGCUCACAGACACGGAAAUCAGCCACAAACUGGAGAAAGAGCAGCUGGAGAUCAUCAUACUGGAGCUGCAGGAUCAGCUGACGGUGCUGAAGAACCAUGACAUGCGCUCCAGACAGGAGCUUACCUCGCACCUGACAAACCAAUGGCCCUCACCUGGCACUUUGGAUACCAAUGCUGUUGCAUUGGAUACGCUCCUGUACAGGAAAUGCACAGGGCCUUGGGAGGAAAAAAGUUUCCAGAGUUUGGAGCAGCUUUCUGCAGAUAUGAGUCUCUCUCAGAUGUCUCUCGAUCCAGCACAACUGAACCCUCACAGCCUGGACAGCAAGGCAGGACUCACACACUGGCACAGAGAAGGGAAAGAGGAUACUCCAUCUCUGAGGGGUUUGUGUGGUUCGUUAACCUCAGUGGCCAGUUACAAAUCUCUGGCCAGUCUGAAGUCCAGUGAGUAUCUGGCCAGUCCAACAACAGACAUGACCAGCCCAGGAAUGACCCCGUCCUGAACACAGAGACAAGUAUGGACAUAUACACGCACACAGGCUUACACGCACCCAAACACACCGUCCUGCUUGAGAUGGUGUGGGCU